AUGGUCCACCACCAAGCCACCGUAAUUGGGUCAGGUCCAGCCGCCCACACCGCUGCCAUCUACUUGACCAGAGCUGAAAUCAAGACCACUAUGUAUGAAGGCAUGCUUGCCAACGGUAUUGCUGCCGGUGGUCAAUUGACUACCACCACAGACAUCGAAAACUUUCCAGGUUUCCCUAAUGGUAUUAAUGGUAGUGCUCUUAUGGAUGAAAUGAGAAAACAAUCUGAAAGAUUCGGCACACAAAUCAUCACUGAAACUAUUUCUAAGGUUGAUUUCAGCUCAAGACCUUUCAAGUUAUGGACCGAAUGGAAUGAAGACGCUGAACCAAUCACCACCGAUACUGUGGUUAUCGCCACUGGUGCCUCCGCUAAAAGAUUGCAUUUACCAGGAGAAGACCAAUACUGGCAACAAGGUAUUUCUGCUUGUGCUGUUUGUGAUGGUGCUGUUCCAAUCUUCAGAAACAAGCCUUUGGCCGUCAUUGGUGGGGGUGAUUCUGCUUGUGAAGAAGCCUUGUUUUUGACAAAGUAUGGUUCCAAGGUUUACAUGAUUGUUAGAAAAGAUCAUCUUAGAGCUUCUACCAUUAUGCAAAGAAGAGUUCAAAAGAAUGAGAAGUUAGAAAUCCUCUAUAACACCGUUUCUGUUGAAGCCAAGGGUGACAGUAAACUUUUGAAUGCCCUUAAGAUCAAGAAUGUUAAUUCUGGCGAAGAAAAAGACUUGCCAAUCAAUGGGUUGUUCUACGCUAUUGGGCACACUCCUGCUACCAAUGUUUUCGGUGGUCAACUCGAAACCGAUGAAGAUGGUUACAUUAAGACCGUUCCAGGUACUGCAACCACUUCCAUUCCAGGUGUUUUUGCUGCUGGUGAUGUCCAAGAUAAGAAGUACAGACAAGCUAUCACUAGUGCCGGUACCGGUUGUAUGGCUGCUUUGGAAGCUGAAAAGUUCUUGGCUGAAAACGAAUAA